CAUCUCUCGUCCUCCUCCUGCUGUGCUGUCUCCUCUCGCUCCCAUUCCCCCUCCAGCUCUCACACUCAUGCAGCAUCCUUCCCUCACCUCUUCUACCUUCACACUCACCUCCUCGAGCCUCCGUCUGCCCGCCGCCCUCCUCUCCAUCACCUAACACACAUCAUUUCUCGCCUCUUCCUCGAGUCUCGUCUCUGCCUCCUCCUCCUACUCUUCCUCCUCCUUCUCCUCCUCCAUCUCCCGCUGGUUUUCCCUCCUUCUCACAACACUCUGCACCCACUAUCCACACACUCAUGCUCAUUGGCACCCAAGGACAGAACAGCUUCUCGUCUGAACCGGCGAUGGUUUGAUCCUUUUGGCCAGACUUCUUGACACUGAGCUCAGCUGAGGAAGAGGACAAGGACAGAAAGAAGGCAUGGAGCACAGCCACAUCUUCCCUGUGUCCCACCACAAUGGAAGCACCGGGGGAUGCCCUCUCGGACCCCUGCCUGUUAUCUACUACAGCGUCCUGCUCUGUCUCGGCCUGCCUGCUAACAUCCUGACUGUGGUUAUCCUGUCCCAGCUGGUGCUGCGUCGUCAGAAGUCCUCCUACAACUAUCUCCUGGCUCUGGCUGCUGCUGACAUCCUUGUUCUGCUCCUCAUUGUGUUUGUUGACUUCAUCCUGGAGGAUUUCAUCUUGGCUUCCUUCCUCCCUCCAUCCAUAAACAACGCAGUGCAGGUUCUGGAGUUCUCUUCAAUCCACACCUCCAUCUGGAUAACAGUGCCUCUCACCAUCGACCGCUACAUCGCUGUUUGCCACCCACUUCGCUACCACACGGUGUCCUACCCCGCUCGAACACGCAAGGUGAUAUUUGCGGUGUACGUCGGCUGUUUGCUAUCUGCCGCACCCUACUACUGGUGGCCUGAGUUCUGGCACAGUCUACCCGGGGUGGGCAAAAGCGAUGAAGGAGGAGGAGGCGGAGGAGAAAGCAGCAGAAGAACAGUGGCCGAGCACGUCCUAGUUUGGGCUCACUGCGCCACCGUCUACCUCCUUCCCUGCACCGUCUUCUUCUCCCUCAACACCGGCAUCGUGCGGAAGCUGCGAAAGCGCCGCAACUGCUUCAGGUUGCGUGGCUAUUCCACCGGCAAGACCACCGCCAUUCUCCUCGCCAUCACCUCUGUUUUUGCAGUUCUGUGGGCUCCGCGCACCGUCUUGAUCCUCUACCACUUCUACUCUCCGCCACCCACCUCACAAAGCGCCGGCCGCCUGCUCCACGUGCUCACCGACGUGGCAAACAUGCUUGCGCUGCUCAACACUGGCGUCAACUUCUUCCUCUACUGCUUCAUCAGCAAGCGUUUCCGGGCCAUGGCGACCAACAUGCUCCGAGCCCUCAUCCACUGCCGGAAGCAGCCGAAGCCAUUUUACGCCAGUCACAACUUCUCCAUCACAAGCAGCCCUUGGAUUUCGCCAGCCAACUCUCACUGCAUCAAGAUGUUGGUGUACCAGUACGACAAAAAUGGAAAGCCCAUCUGCAUCUCCUCUUGAGUCCACACCUACCAGCAGUGGUCCCUUGAAUCUUUCAGGCAAACUGUGGCCACAUGGGACUCAUUGAGGUCACACAAGUUUAUCCUGUUAGCGAUAAUAAAAUAGAUGGCUCAACAGGUGCAAUGCACACAUCAGAUGCAUGGUGCAAAAUUUCAAAGCCUCUUGUGAUCAACAAAGUUAUCAUAAAGCAGCAAACAGCAUCAGUCAGAUGCUGUUUGGUCCCUUCGUGCAAAAAACACAUCUGCUGAGGAUUAAACUUUAGGACAGAUGAAAGCAUAUCACCACCAUCGACCCGUGAAAAUGAGCCGCCAUUUGCAAAACAUAAAAUAACAAAACAAGAUGAUGAUGAGUCCUUGGUGAAUCAUCAAAUAUGUUUUGGUCAUGGAUGGUCCUUCGUGUUCAUGGCAGAAAAUGAGGAAGAGCUUUUAACAGAUGAGUCUUUUAUCUGUUGGGGAAAUUGUUGCCGGUCUGACCCCUGCACAUCUCACCUGUGGGGGUGAUUCACUCAGGCACAACCGCAGACAGACUGCCCACUGCCCACGGUCGUGACUGUCUCUGUCCAGAAAUGUAAAACAGCUCUGUCAUUUCCAUUUUAAUAUGCAGAGGAGUCUCAAAUGCAUUUUAAACAGGGCUCUUACGAAAUGAACAACACGUUCUGACUCUUCUCCUGACUGUGCUGUGCUCAUAGUUCGCCUACACAUCAACGCUCACGUCAGAACUCAACCCUGACCAUCACUCGACGAAGGAGUUUUCAUUCCUCUGUUUGUUGGUGAAAUAUUUACUCAUGGUAGAGAUGACUGUUACUGUAGCUUUGCAAAAACACAAGAAAAGAAAUGUGACUUGGUGUCAGUGUAGCACUGAGGUAUUUUUAAACUAGUUAUCACCUUUUCCAUUAUUAGAAUGAGGAAAUUUCUGCAACCAGGAGAUAGUCCUCUAUUAACUAUUAAUGGUCCUUGAUGACUUACUGUUAGCCAUCAUCCAGAUGCAUUUAAUGAAAGCAAAUUAAGAUGUCUUUAACCCUUUAUCUUUCCAGGAGACCAAGACAGAGAGAGGUAGAGAGGACUAGAUAUUCUGCUCUCCCUUCCUGUUGGUUUGUUUUCCCCCAUCUAAAGCUGUCUGUCCCAUUAUGCCACGCUGAAUCCGGUCUCAGGGCCAAAGUGACGCAUUUGAGGUCUCGUCAUUCUGCUACUUGCUCUACACAUUUUACAGCAAACCAUAACCACAUUAACUGCAUGCCAUUGUUGGUUUGUUGAAAGAACACAUUUAAAUAAAGACAUUCCCAUUUCUUUUCUUUUUUUCUUUUUUUUGCUGUAUGGCCCAAAGACAGCAGACUGAGAUCAGUGCACGUUCAUCCUUUAACCCUCCAUUGCACAUUAUUAGGGAUCAUCUAUCUAAUGAAGCUCUGCUGAAAGGCAGAGUUCUACUAAAACAUGUCUAAAGGGAUCAGACACAUUAAGCUUUUUCUGAGCCUGUAGCUGAUCUGAGCAUAUUUAGGAGACAAAUAAACUCCUAUUUAGCGCUUCGAUGUCUGAGACACUUCAAGAAGCGUUACUUCGUUUUUGUUUGUACUCUUUAAACAAGACCUUCUAAAGGGUUCCUACAUAUUUCUCCACUCAUAAGUAUAGAUACAAGAGUUAUCUAAAAAUGGAAGAUAGAGCAACGGAUGGAUGGAUAGAUGGAUGGAUGGAUGGAUGGAUGGAUGGAUGGAUGGAUGGAUGGAUGGACG